AUGCGUGAAGACGACAUGCCGGAUCGCCUCUCCAACUUCCCGACUGGCAUACAACCACAUCACUCCAGUUGGCACAACGAAACAAUGAUUUCUCUACGCCUUUCACUCCUCGUCUUUACCGCCAUUUCCUUCUCAGUCGCCAGUCCGUGUUGGCAGGGAGUCGCAUGCACCGGCCCAACCAAAGCGGCGUUUCCGGGUCCGUGGGAAAAGAACAUUUUCUCGCCAUCUUCCCGCAAUGUCGAGCCCCAGCAGUCGUUCCCACUUGAGGACAUUCAUAAGGCAACAAGCUACCCAAGCCCUCAAAAUCUGCACAAGAAUGCCAGUGCUGUUGUGUAUGAUUUCGGCAAGGCUGUGGGUGGCAUCGCAACCAUCAAAUACAGCACCACUGGCGAUGCAGGACGUCUUGGACUGGCCUUCUCUGAAGCUAAGGACUGGAUAGGCUUGGCCAGCGACUCGUCAAACGGCCCAUUUGCUCACGGCGUGGGAGAUCAGGCCUGUGGCGAUGGCGCAAUAUACGAUUCGUUCUCCAGCUCUGGCCAACACAGCUUCACCAUGGAGCUGCAGCAUCUGCGAGGAAGCUUCAGGUACCUCACAGCUUUCCUCUUGACAAACGGUACAACCUCGCUCUCUAUCUCAGCCGUAGAAGUUGAGAUCGCAUUCGCCCCUACAUGGCCGAACCUCCAAGCAUACCAGGGCUACUUCCACUGUUCUGACGAUGAGCUCAACCGAAUCUGGCUCGCUGGGGCUUACACGCUGCAAACAAACAUCGCACCGAGCGAUUGCGGUCGAUGGUGGGAUCCUCCGAUAGAAACUGGAUGGGCAAACAACGCCACCCUUUCCAACGGAAGCAGCGCUAUCGUCGAUGGCGCAAAGAGAGAUCGGACAAUCUGGCCCGGAGACAUGGGCGUGGCUGUAGGAGCAGCUUUCUACAGUCUCGGCGAUCUCGAGUCUGUGGUAAACGCCCUAAAUGGCGUGUACGACCUCCAGGCGCCAACCGGGGAGCUGCCGCGAGCAGCACUGCCACUGAUUUCUACCGGCGGAGACGCCUACCAUUGCUGGGGCAUGAUCGGGGUGUACAACUAUGUUCUGUACACCGACGACUUGGCUUUCCUCAACCGACGUUGGAAAGGGUAUCAGAAGGCUAUGGAGUACAUAUAUGCAAAAGUUUUUCCGGAAUCAGGCUUGUUGAACGUCACCGGAACUGGAGACUGGGCGCGUCUGAAUAGCUAUGGAACUUAUAGUGAGGCGAAUGUGAUACUACACAGGACCUUGACGACGGCAGCCGAGCUUGCAGGAUGGAUGGGAGAUGUUGACCUGCAGACCACCUACGCGAAGCGUGCUACGCAGCUCAAGCGCAACAUCCUGCACCACUUCUACGACGAUUCGUACGGGGCCUUCCGCGACAAUCUCACAAGCACUUCUGUCUAUCCACAAGAUGCAAACAGUAUGGCCAUAGCUCUUGGGCUCCUUUCUCCCACAUCGGAACGCUCCUCAUCUGUCUCGGAGAGACUUACAGGCAACUGGACACCCUUCGGCGCGGAGACACCCGAGCUCCCCAACAACAUCAGCCCCUUCAUAUCUUCCUUCGAGAUACAAGCACACUUCCUCGCUGGCGCCCCUGAUCGUGCUCUGGAGCUCAUCCGCCGCAGCUGGGGCUGGUAUCUGGCGAACCCGAACGGCACAGAGUCGACUCUUAUAGAAGGCUACUUGACCAACGGCUCUUUUGGCUACAGAAACUACCAAGGCUACGAAUGGGACAGCUCGUACACAUCACACGCUCACGGGUGGUCUACAGGCCCCACCAGUGCUUUGACGGAGUAUGUGCUGGGUCUGUCUGUCACUGGAAGAGCCGGCAGUGAAUGGAGACUCGCUCCCCAGUUUGGUGAUCUUAAUUUUGCUGAGGGGGGAUUCACGACAGGCCUAGGCAAGUUCUCUGCCAAAUGGAGAGUCAGGGAUGAUGGGUACGAGCUGGAGUGGUGUGUGCCGAAAGGGACGAAAGGUGUUGUACUGUUACCUGGACUGCAGGCUGGGAGUGAUGCCGUUGUGACUAUGAAUGGGAAGAAGACGGAAGUGCCUGAUCACAAAAUAAGACUUGGGGGUGGCAAGAAGAACAGACUUGUAGUUAAGAGGGUUAUGUAG